AUGGGUAUUAAAGGUCUCAAUGCUAUUAUCUCUGAGCAUGUGCCAUCGGCGGUACGCAAGCUUGAAAUCAAGCACUUUUUCGGCCGGAAAGUGGCCAUUGAUGCCUCAAUGUCGUUAUACCAGUUUUUGAUUGCCGUCAGACAACAAGAUGGCGUUCAAUUGGCCAGUGAAUCUGGAGAAACUACGUCGCAUUUAAUGGGUAUUUUCUACAGGACUUUGCGAAUGAUAGACAACGGUAUCAAACCUUGCUACGUGUUUGACGGGAAACCUCCCAUCUUGAAGUCGCACGAAUUGGACAAAAGAAGCGCCAGACGCGCAACGACAGAGGAAAAACUAAAGGAAGCUGUAGAGGAGGCUGAGAAGCAGAAACACGAGCGUAGACUGGUCAAAGUGACGCCAGAGCACAAUGCUGAGGCCAAGAAACUACUGGGAUUGAUGGGGCUACCAUACGUAGAGGCGCCUUGCGAGGCAGAAGCACAAUGUGCAGAGCUGGCAAAAGCGGGCAAAGUUUAUGCAGCCGCGAGUGAGGAUAUGGACACACUUUGUUACCGGUCGCCGUUUCUCUUGCGUCAUUUGACGUUUUCGGAAGCGAAAAAGGAGCCCAUCCACGAGAUCAACAUCGAGGUUCUGUUGGAGGGUCUGGAAUUGACGAUCGAGCAGUUUAUCGACCUGGGGAUCAUGUUGGGAUGCGACUAUUGUGAGAGUAUUCGCGGUGUGGGCCCCGUGACUGCACUCAAGCUGAUCAAGGAACACAAGACGUUGGAGAAUAUCGUGUCCUAUAUUGAAUCUGGGGAAGCCAAUAACAAAUGGAAGGUGCCCGAGAACUGGCCGUUCCGCGAGGCGCGCGAGCUGUUUAUCAACCCAGACGUGAUCAAGGGCUCUGAAGUCGACUUGAAAUGGACCGAGCCCCAGGAAGAUGCGCUGAUAGAAUUUAUGUGCAAGGAAAAGGGUUUCAAUGAGGAGAGAAUUCGUUCUGGAAUCAAGCGUUUACAAAAGGGACUCAAAACUGGCGUCCAGGGCCGUCUUGACGGUUUUUUCAAAGUCAAACCCAAGACUAAAGAACAACUCGCUAUGGCGAAUGCAAAGGCCAAAACCGCCAAGAAUUCCGCUGCCAAAACUAAGGGCAAAGUCGGCAAGCCUGGAAGGCCUAGGAAAUAG